CACCCCCAUUAAUUACUGCUGCCGCUUACUGUACCGGUACCCUGAGGCCUCGGGCCCGCAUAUCGCUCUUCCACUCUCCUCCAUGAACUUGCGGUCUUCUAACUCUCUUUAACGUCCUAAACCGCACUCUCCCGCCAUGCUUGUGAGAAUCCACGAGCAUCACGAGCAUUGGGACCCGGAGAAGGUGCUUCAGUUCUAUCGCUAUGUCUCGGUGGCAUCGGCCGCAUUUUAUGCCUGGGACUACUUGCUCACGUUUCGCUAUGAGGUCGAUAACAUCUGGGGAGGCAAGAUGACGCGAUUCAGGAUCUCGUUCCUUCUGAACCGUUAUGUCGCGUUAUUCGCUGUUCUCUUUCAGAACUUUCUGAAUUUCUUCCACACGGGAACAUCAGCAGCUGGGUGUCGCCUCGGUGUAGUCACAUAUGUAUGCAUCAUGGUAAUUGUCGCGAACGUAGGAAUGGUUCUCCACCAGCGCGUUUGCGCCAUCUACAGCUAUAGAAACGACAUAGUCUGGGCCGUCGGAGUGGCUUAUACGGUCGUAUUGGCUUUGUUUCUGAUGAUCGGCAUUGCCCAGAUCACGGUCAUGUUUGGAGGUGUCCACUUCAUCAAUGGCUCCUGCAAGUCGCAUUUCCCCCACUCUGCCACGACACUGGCCUUCUGCUUCUGGGUCCCGGUAAUGAUCUUUGAUUUUUCACUGACGGUUCUGGCCGUUUCAAAAGCGAUUCAGCAUGUGAUCCAAACCAAACACAAGGAGUGGCCUGCCGUUCGACUUUUACGGGUGCUUGCACGGGACUCGUUUAUAUACUUCGUCAUAAACUUUCUCGUGUAUCUUAAUUGCACCAUUCAGGCCAAAGUAGGCACCAUGCGCUCUUUACAGAUAACCUACGCCUUGGUCCUCGUUAUCCCUCCGGUCACCAUCACACGCAUGUACAUGAGCAUGGAUCGGACAGUAAACCACUGCCUCACUGUUCAUGAUGGCGACGAGUCCAUCUAUGGGAGCGCCAUCACCAUGUUGGACCUCCCGCCGAGCCCGGUCCGCGCCCGCACUCGUUCUAUCAUGUUCCCCAGAUUUUAUAGAUCUAACCCCACUGAUAGAUAGGAGGAUCCAGCUUCGUACUCAUAUAUCAUCUUCAUGCUUCGCUAUCGCAAUGUUUUGAUCUCAAGUUAUUCGGACUUCUCUCUUGCACUUCGUACGAAAUAGUCUUAGUGUACAUCGCCGUUCCUUCGCAUCUCUAUUUUUCUGGCCCUAUCAUACACAUUUUGUAUUUCGCUGUACAUCAACGAAAAAUUUGAACAUGG